UCAAAUAUUUCUACUUCCGGUACCGUUCGUGCGCCAUCUUUGACGAUAAAUAGUCCAUCUAUGUUAUUUUUGUUUUCAAAAAGUAUCGAAAAGUAUGAUAGAACACUAAAUCGCAUUAAAUAACCCAAGCAUACGCCUGGUUUUUACCGUGUCUAACGUGUUAUAAUAAAGUAAAAGUCUUCGGGAAACAUUUCGGCGAGAUGUCGCUUGUGGAUUUGGGAAAGCGUUUGUUGGAGGCAGCGCGGAAAGGACAGGAUGAUGAAGUGAGGUCACUUAUGGCCAAUGGAGCUCCUUUUACUACAGACUGGCUGGGAACCUCGCCACUUCAUUUAGCAGCACAAUAUGGGCACUACUCCACCGCUGAGGUGCUUCUCCGUGCCGGCGUGAGUAGAGAUGCCCGCACUAAAGUCGAUCGGACCCCCCUCCACAUGGCUGCAGCUGAGGGCCACUCGAGCAUCGUUGAAUUAUUGGUCAAGAGUGGAGCAGACAUCAAUGCCAAAGACAUGCUGAAAAUGACAGCCUUGCACUGGGCUACAGAACAUGGGCACAGGGGAGUCGUGGAGCUGUUGGUCAAAUACAGUGCUGAUACUCACGCCCUCAGCAAGUUUGACAAGACGCCUUUUAACAUUGCAGUGGACCGAGGAAACACUGAGCUGAUGCUCUUGUUACAGGAGGGAAUGCAGAACCAAGUGAACAUGAAUCCAGAGAGGACUAUCCUAAGCAGCACAUCACCCGCCACCGCCAGCCCUCAGUUCAUCAUAUCCUCCUCUGGAGUGGUCAAUCUCUCUGAUAUUGUUCUCACCAGUUCUAAGUCUAACACGGGAGCUUCCGAGAGUGUGAUUGCUGCUGAUUCAGUGGAUUCUGCCAUCCAGCAUCUUGUAGGGGAAGAUGGCCAGAGAGUCAUCACCAUAGUAACCGACCAACAGGGAAACCUGCAGUCUGGCAACUUGGGACAAAAAUUCUUUGUCACAAUGCAGGGGCAGCAAAUGGUUGCAGUGCCAGCUGGCCAGAUUUCAGAAGAAAUCAUAACAGAGGACACCAAACCAGUUCCAACACGGAAGCGGAAAUUCGAAUCAACCGUAAACCACACAGAUGUCAAACAUAAGGAGUCCGAUGAGAAGGACAGUAGGGAACUACUGGAACAGCAACUAAAAGAGGCAAACAGAAAAGCCCAGGAGUACCGACAGCAGUUACAAAGAAAGGAACAGGAAGCUGAGCAGUACAGGCUUAAACUAGAAGCCAUUGCCAAUGGCCAGACCAAUGGCUCCAGCACAGAGCCCCAAGAGGAAGUGGUGUUCCAGGAGGAGGAGGAGGAGGAGGUGGUUGGUGAAGAGGAAGUUGUCAUGUUGCCAGAAGGGGCCAUCAUCAUUAAGGAGGAACCCCUUGAUUCAACAGCAGGAGAAACAGUGACUUUAGUAGAGGCGGCAGAUAUCACAGCCACUUCUGAGGGCACGCCGUAGCAGUGAACCCAAAGACUCAAACACUCAGGAAUUACAUACACUCUUCUAGUCUGUGUACCUGAAGAGGCAUGUUGUAUUUAUUUAUUGUAAAUCAUAACCUUUUGUUUUUCCUUUUUAUACUCUUAGCAUUCAGUUUCUGUACAGACAGACCUCUACAAAGACGUAGCGUGGAUUAUAUUUAGGUGGUCACAAUGAUGCUGAGCUGCUCAGAUUGGUAGAAUAGGAAGAUCAGGAAGAUCGUGUUCUUUUAACAUACAGCGGUGCAAGAUGCUUUUCAAUCAAGCCCUAUUAUGCAACUCAAGUGCAUACUAUACUAUUAGUACGC